AUGGCUGGAACUACAAUUCUCAAGCUUGGGCUCUGUGGAAGCAUAUUCUGUCUGAUGAUGUAUCUUCUUCUGGCUGGUGAUGUGUCAGAGUUGUCUGUAUGGAAAGAUGAACUCCAUGGGCUAAGGAUGCCCAGCGAACUGGCUCGGUUUAUGUCUCCCUUAAACCAUGAGGAAACUUUGUUGCUUGCAGAGGGGUUUGCAACAAAAGGCCUGCAAGCUAUUGCGGAGGAAAAUAGUUUGUGCAAAAGAGCAGGGCUUUUAUGUGAAAAAACUCAGAUAUCAAAGUUGGAUCCAUGCGAUGCAAGGAAACCAUACAAGAAAAGAAAGCUACUAGACCUUGUACAAGAUGGUUUUGUGACUGGUUGCCCACAAACAGUAAUGCCAAAUGACGUGGAGGGGAAGCAAUUACACAGUAAUUUCUUCCGAGUAAAAGAAAUUCUUACAGUUGGAGAAAAGCUGAUAUUUCCUGAUUUUCAUGACGAUGCUGUCAAUGAGAAUGUGUCAUUUCUCCCACAUAAAAUUGCACAAAACAUUCCUUUCCAAAGCCAACAAGUGUUGAACUUAGUAGAGGCCUUUCACAUUCCAUCCACUGGAUGGGAGCUUCUAAUAAAGGAAAUGGCUUCAACUCUUAAGGUAUAUGAAGCACCUCCUUCUAGCAUAGAGACCAAAAGAUGUGUUAUUUCUAUAGAGUUUAUGGCAAAGUUUCUGUCCAGUGUCAUUGGUGGGUCCAACCAUAAGCAGAAUGUUGAAGUGGUGGAGGGCAUUGCCUCAACCGAAAAACUCUCCAAACGUGUGGUUACAGUAAAGGGCGCAAAACUCUUGGCUCUAUCCUCAAUCAAACAUGUGGCUUGUCACUCUAUGUUAUUUCCUUUUAAAGUUUAUUACUGUCAUUAUGUGAAGAGUACAAAUAUGUAUUUGGUAGCAUUGAAGGAUGAGCAAAGUGGAAUUGAGCAGAACGUGGUUGCUGAAUGUCAUAUGGAUACUAAACCUUAUCCUGCUGAAAGCCUGGAGCUGCUCGACCUCAAACUAAAACCAGGAGAGGGCGAAUUUUGUCACUGGGUUCCUAGCGAUACUCUUCUUUUCAUUGGGAAGGUUUGA